UGAAGUGGAGCUGGCCAAGAAUGCUUGUCUGCAUGGGCUGACAAAACACAUAAGGCCUAAGUGGCAUUGGGUGAGGAGACUCCUUGAUAAGGAGGUGCGGCUGGAGAUAGUGAAGACCCAUCAGCAAGCAGCAGAUAUUUUCACUAAGCGUCUCGCGGAGGCGGAUCAUUGGAAGAGCAUGAAGCUCGCUGGGAUGAGUGUGCAUUGAGUAUGCAUGCUUGAGAUGUUGCUUUGGAUGGCUCCAACUAUGAGGAAUGGAGCGGGCGGAUGAGGAGUGCCUUCAAACGCUACAAGCUACUGAAGAUUGCUGUUGGGGAGGAGAAGAUGCCGGAAGAAGGCGAAGCACGUGAACGGUGGAUUGAGAAAAACGCGGUGCUUUUCGACCUCAUCCUUCAAUCGGUCAACAAGGAGAUGUUCGAGCACAUCAAGGAUCUUGUGGAAGCGGAUGAUUCGGGUCCAAGGGCGUGGAAACUACUACGCGAUGUCGCCCUUGUGAAGAACAGGGUGCUGGCUACAGUUGGGGAUAAGGAGUGGAUCCCAUAUACCAAGUGGUAUGGGAGUGCUCCAGCUGUGAACAUGCUGAGGGCAUUUGGGUUGGAUGUGUCUUCCGCUAAGGGGAAACUCUGCCGAAAUUUCGUGGACGCCAACACUUUGUGGGUUUACCCUUUGAAGAGCAAGGGGGAGGUGGCAGCGGCUGUCCUUAAGGAGUGGAUGCCUAGAGCUCAGAGGGCAUGCGGACACAAGAUGUCUGGGGUGACUGAGGAAGGGGGAGCAGCUGAAGUGGAGCAGCAGCAGCAGCAGCAUGAGUCUCCACCUCGAGUUCCACACCCGCCUGAGCGACCUAGGAGGGAUGUGCGCCCUCCGGUGAGGCUGACCUAUGGGGGAAGAGGCAAGCCGAAUGUGGUGCAGGCUGGGAGUGUGGUUGAGCAGAUUGAGGAAGAUGAGAUUGCAUUAUGGGACCUUUGAGGGUUGGGGAAAUUCGUCACUCUACUGUAGCAGCUGCAAAUUGGUUGGGAACAACCAAGCUAGGUUGGCAAGGGUGGCCAACUUGGUUGGAUUGGU